AUGCCUGCUCCAAAGGACUCGAAGAAGCAGACCGACCUAAACGGUCAAACGGGUGCCAAUGGCAACAUUCCGCCCCCUAAAACAGACAAGCCUCGGCCCCACGUCUGCACCACCUGCGGUCGCUCGUUUGCGCGAUUGGAGCACCUCAAGCGCCAUGAGCGCUCACACACAAAGGAAAAGCCAUUUGAGUGUCCGGACUGCGCCCGGUGCUUUGCUCGGCGCGAUCUGCUUCUGCGACACCAGCAGAAGCUACACAUGACCACCACGCCGUCUUCUCGACCGAGAAACGGUCGCCGUGAAAGUACCGGCGCCGCACCCGGUGCUAACCGGGUUCGCAAGAACUCCAUUGCCAAUAGUUCAGCUUCUUCGAUGCGCCCGAGGGCCAAUACAAUAGGCCAUGUUGAUGGAGCGGCCUUGGGUAUCCCUGGUGCGGGUAAUCCGUCAUCUGCGCCCACUCAAUCGAGUCACGCAUACCACCCUAGCCUUAGUUCUUCAGUUGGCUCAAGCAUGGAUUAUAGAGGAUUUGGCUCUGGACACCCUUCGAUGAACGGCCUUUCAAAGAUCGAAACUUCCGGACUUCCUAUGGAUAUGUCCGGAGGACUUCGGACUGCUCCCGUGUAUGGGAGCUUUGAUACGGGCAUCGAUGGCAUGCUGAUGGGUCAUGGUAGCACCAUCAACCCGGCGCAAUUACACUUCGCAGGAUCCCCACAAGGCUUCAACGAUUCGCCCUCGUCUCCUUUCCGUCAGUACCACAGUGGACUUCCACCUGCGGAUCCGAUCAUGGAUGAAGAGAUGCACUUUGACUGGAUGAACGGGUUUGACACAGGUGUGGCUAUGGGAAAUGGCAACGACUCGGUUAUUGACGAGUCCUCGCCAUCGGCAAUGAGCACGGGUAGCCAGAGCGGAAUCAGCGAGGCCAUGCUGGAGGGCCCGAAUCGCAUUCCCAUCUCCAACGGUUGGCACAACCCGUUCCCCGCUCACCACCCUGCCAACCAGUUCGCGAUCGAUUUUUCCCCGACGACGUUGAAUGAUUUGGACGUAUGCCACACCUCCAUCUAUGACCUCGGUCGGCCAGCCCAUCAUGGGAGGACAUUCGCAGAUGCCCUACGAAAUGAACAUUCACCACUCUCAACGGAUACAUUUACAGACUCCACACGACAGGCUCUACUAGCGAGCAUGUCGACCCCCACUGGCUUCAAUCAUCGCAAGUAUUCCCAACCCGCAGGUGGACUUCUAAAUACUCGCGAGUUGUUCGCCCGCUCGACUGGCUUCAACAGCUCCAGUCAACUGCCCAGCACCUCGGACUUGCAGCGCUACAUCUCGGCCUACAUCACCUACUUCCAUCCUCACAUCCCGUUUCUCCAUAUCCCCACCCUCAAUUUCCAAGCUCCCCAAUACACGAACAAUCUACGCACACCAAGCGGACACCUCAAUCUUAGCUCCACCGGCGUCGCUGGAGGUGGGGGUUGUCUAAUCCUCUCCAUGGCGGCUAUCGGUGCACUGUACGAAUACGAAUCUGCCGCCUCCAAGGACCUCUUCGACGCCGCGAAAAAGAUGAUCCAGUUGUAUCUCGAAGAGCGACGAAAGGCCGAUAUGUCUGCUGCUCUCAGUCGUUCAAAUUCCUCCCGCGAUAGCUCCGUACACAACACUCCGCUUUGGCUGGUACAGGCAAUGCUCUUGAACGUGAUAUAUGGCCACACCUGUGGUGACAAGACAUCCGCAGACAUUGCUAGCACGCACUGUGCUGCCUUGGUCAGCCUAGCACGCGCAGCCGAAUUAACACACCACCUGGACCCCAAGAACCUGCCGCAAGAUCAUAUCACCGCUGGUGACAACGAAAAUGAUUCUCCCGGUGCCUCGGAAAACGGGAUGUCUUCGUCAUUUAACCAACCGAAAGAGCGCCGAGAUUGGCUGGAUUGGAAGAUUGUAGAGGAGCGGAAACGUACCCUCUACGCUAUCUUUGUUCUGUCCAGCUUUCUCGUCUCUGCCUACAACCACGCGCCUGCACUCACAAAUUCGGAAAUUCGUCUUGACCUUCCCUGUGAAGAGGAUCUAUGGGCGGCCGAAUCACCCCAGGCGUGGAAGCAGAUGGGGGGUCAAACAGCCUCGAAGAAGACUUUGUCGUUUUCCGCUGCUUUAACGUCUCUUCUGACUGCCAGCCAACGAGAGCAGAGUCAAUCGGCAAACCUGUUCUACAACGACGAUCUGUCUAAUUCCGAAAACCGCCCUAGUACUUUCGGCUGUUUGGUACUCAUCUACUCGCUUCACAACUAUAUAUGGGAAACUCGCCAAAGGCACAUGGGCCGACAAUGGACAGCCCAGGAGACUGAUGCUAUGCAAUCUCACAUCGAGCCCGCUCUACGGGCAUGGCAAGCCGCAUGGGCUAGCAACCCAGUCCACAGCCUGGAGCGACCGAAUCCGUUCGGGGCUGGACCUCUGUCUGCAGACAGCAUCCCCCUUCUAGAUUUGGCCUAUAUUCGUUUAUUCGUCAACCUAGGCCGAUGCAAAGAGGCAUUCUGGCAACGCGAUUGGAAUGGCAUGGCGGAUGAGCUCGCACGAGGCACUGAGAUAUUCCAGCACCCAGAUGCUGCAAUGAACGACGUGGUCGAUCCUUCUCUCACGGGUCACAUUGACACGAGACGAGACUCCAUCGCCGAUCUAGGAGUAUCAGAUCUAGCCAUCUCCAAGACACCGACGCAAGACGAGUCCAUGCAGACUCUCGCCAACAUGUACAAGAUCGGCCAAUCUAAGCGUGAAAAGCAUCUGCGCAAGGCAGCGUUCUACGCAGCGGAUUCCAUCUCUAUGUCGGAUCGUCUUGGUAACACAUUCGCCGAGUUUUCCUCGCGCGAACUACCAAUCCAGUGCGCGUUGUGUGCUUUCGAUUGUGCACAGGUGCUGGCGGAGUGGAUUACCACUGUUCAAGAACGGGUGGGCCCCUACCUUGGUAUCCUUGGUCGCGACGAUGUCGACUUGACUCAAGUACCCGGAGUCAUGCUAUUAGAAGACGAGGAUUGCAAGCUGGUGGAUAAGAUCAAGGACAUCCUGGGGAGUAUUGAGAUGAAAAUGCAGCGCCAGUUCCAAAAUGGCAAUUCCAUUUCCACGCUGAGUGUCGUGCAACGGCUACCCAGUCUUGUGGAAGGAGGAUACGGAUGUAAAAUAUUGAUUGCGACAGCCAGUAUCUUGGAACGAGCUGCUGUCUGGCCAGUGACGAAACUGAUGGCCCGCUCUCUGGAAGCCCAAGCCAUGCGAAUGAAGGAGCGUACCGAGCACUCCGUGAUGAUGACCCCUUAA